GUUUCGCUCGUGCAGGUUUCGCGUAGCCUCCUGCUCAUCAGCCUCACGUAUAGAUCGACGUCAAACUCGCUCAGCCACGCUCACAACGCGAGAAUUCUCAGAGGGCGGGCAGGCAGGGCAGAGCGGUGGGCAAGGUGGUCAAAGCGGCUACGGCGCGGCGGAAACUACGGCGCACAGGGCGGCGGCUUCGCCGGCGCCCCGGCCGCGGCGAGCGCAGGUGGCAACGCACCCUUCGACCCCACACAGCUUGCCCAGCUAUACACGUAUGAUGCAGCAGAUGGGCAUGAACCCCAUGAUGGCAGGAGGCAUGAACAUGAUGGGCGGCAUGGGCGGAGGUUCGGCGGUGGGAUGAGCGGUGGCCGCAUGAUGCCUGGCAUGGGCAUGGGCAUGGGUGGCGGUAUGAGUCCUGGCAUGGGUAUGGGCCGCGGCGGCGCAGGUAUGGGCGGACCCGGUGCGAUGAGCCCUGGAGGAAGCAUGGGCCCGAACGUCCCUCGUGGCCCACGCAACGGUCCCGGAGGCCCCGGAGGACCUGCGGGUGUAGGCCCGCAACGCGCCGGCCAGCGCGGUCAGCACAACUACCAUCCUUACGCCCGGUGAUUGGACGUCCUUCAAGGACUUUGCGAUGUUGCUACGAUAUUCCGUUGUUGUGUAGUGACUGGCAAUAGUUGCGCCCAGUAUGACCACCACUUAUGUUAUGUCCUAAGCUUAGAUAUUCAGUCCUUAAGGGAUAAUGUAACUUUGUGGUCGUCGCGUCCUGGCAAGAUCGCGUAGAGCAAUCAUGUUCACCUAUCACGCAGUGGAAGCUCUGGAGCACCUCCACUACCUUGCUACUCUCAGCGUGGCCUCGCGCGAAAGCGAUGUAGCAAUCGCACUGUUAAUACUAUGAAGGAACAUGACA